GAUCUCUCUGUCUAGCUCUGUCUUUGAAUAACUGGUGAAUUGGAUUGGCUAACAUUCUUUAGAAUUUCAUUGCAGUUUAAUUUAGGUAUUACAUAGUCGUGCUGUGUAGCAAUGAUGCAUGUUUUGAAUUAAAUUAUUAAUAUUGAAAUCAGCAAGAUUAAACUUGUAAAUUUCAGAGUAUUUGUGUGUUAUAAACAUCGUCAGUGUUACACUUGAUGGUUUCAACCUCCUCUAUCCAGAAUGUCGAGUGCAUACUUUGACUACUAUGAUGGCAGUAAAAUAUUCCAAUUUCUUUCAAACCGAAUUGGACUUCCAUUAGAUAUUGUUAAUUUUUUGGUCGCACAAAUAGCUGCACUAUGCCUGGCCAGACUAUUUCGGAAACCAUUGAAGCUUGCUUCGCCAGAGUUCCGUCAUUCUUUGUGCCUUUUUAUAGGUUUACUCAUGGGAUAUUUCUGCUUUGGAAAACAAGCAAUACAUUUAUCAGUAUUGCCUAUGAUGACAUACAUACUCCUAAAGACUGUACCUGAAAACGUCAUGGCAAAUGUCGUAUUGGCGGCGUCAAUGAUUUAUUUGUCAUGCUUACAUUUACAUCGGCAACUGUACCACACUGCGGAUUACACUUUAGACAUUACAGGUCCUCUCAUGGUGAUAACACAACGAGUAACAUCGUUGGCCACGUCGUUGCAAGAUGGCCUAAUGAAAAAAGAGAUUAACUCCAACUCUACAAGCCAAUCUCAUGAGGAGUCAAUUGUGGAUAAGAUACCAUCGCCAUUAGAAUUUUUUUCUUACACCCUGGCUUUCCAAACGUUAAUGUGCGGUCCAGUCGUGUUCUAUAAGGAUUACAUCAGAUUCAUAGAAGGCGGGAGGAUUAAUGGGAUACAAAAGGAAACCGAUGAGUCGGAGCCGUCGCCGCGUCGCGCCGUAUUCUACAAGGUGUGUGGCUCCGUGGCCGCGGCCUUCCUCUACCUCACGCUGUCCAAGAAGUAUCCAAUGGACGUCAUUAAAGAACUGAUGGACCCAUUAUCGGAGGUGUCUCGCACUUGGUCGGCGCUGUACCUGCUGUGGUACACCAACCUGUCGGUGAUGCUGUUCCGUUGCAAGUACUACCACGCGUGGCUGCUGUCCGAGGCCAUCUGCAACAACUCCGGCAUGGGCUUUAACGGCUACGACCACCUCGGCGAGCCCAAGUGGGACAAGGUCUCGAAUAUCGACGUCAUUGGAUUCGAAUUCGCGCAGAACUUCCGUUGCGCGAUCGCGAGCUGGAACAAGAACACGAACUCGUGGCUGCGCGCGGUCGCGUACGAGCGCGGCGGCGCCGCGUGCCGCACCGUGCGCGUGUACGCGCUGUCCGCCGUCUGGCACGGCUUCUACCCCGGGUACUACCUCACCUUCUUCGCCGGGGGCAUCUUCACCGUGGCCGCGAGGAAGAUUCGAGCGGUAGUUCGGCCCAUGUUCGUCGGGAGCCGCUACAAGAAAAUGCUCUACGACGCAGCGUCGCUAGUGACCACGCGGGUGGCCAUGACGUACGCCACUGUGCCCUUCAUCUUGCUGCACCUGGGCCCCAGCCUCGCGUUCUAUGGGAAACUGUAUUACUCUUUACAUUUCCUGGCGUUGGGCGCACUUUUCCUGCCUGCUGGUAAAAGCAGACAUCCUGCGAAGGUUUCCAGUCAAAAUCUUCAACAGGCUUCUUCCAUAGCUAGUACUGAUAUCAAAAGUCUUCAGACUUCUGUACCUAAUCUUAUUGCCUUAUCAAAAUCCAGUGAAGUUAUUGAUCCUAUUGUGGAAAGUAAUGGAAAAUUGAAGAAAAUAUAAACUUUAUUUUUAUUUUUGGAAGCGACAAUUUUGAAGUUUUACCUUUAUGGUGAUAGUUUAGCAGGGCAGAGUUCCUGUGUCAUUGUAUGUCUAUAAGGAAUAUUUUUCCAUUAUUUUUUAGUAAUGUUAACUGUAACUUUACUGCUAUAAAAGUGACCAAGAUAUUUUAACGUACCUAAUUGUUUUCUUAGUUUAAUAAAGUAGAUAUACUGAUGAUGUAGUUGGCACAAAAUAUUUAUUUUUAUCUGAAUUAAGUUCAGUUAACAUACAUAAAUUAUAAUUAUUAUUUAAUUAUGAUUAUAAAUGUAGGUAACAUUGUGCUUUUAUUUUCAUGUGUUAUUUGUAAUGGCUAUGUGGAUGUACAGAAUACCUAUGGUAAAUAAUGUGCUUGGAUUGGGAGUGGAGUGAACUGAACUGCGCCAAAAACGAGUAACGAAAGAAAACUAUAUUGUAGACCUUUUACUACUUCUAUCACUUUAAAAAAAAUUCUUAUUGGCUCAAAAAUCCCCCAUUAAAACGUACAUACAGCCAGAGCCACGAGCUCGAGUGCUGUGAUGUGAAUCAGACAUACAUAUAACGCUCAGGCUCGUAAUUUUUGACGUUAUUUUUUCAUGCAAGCCGCCUAAAAUAAGAUUUAGCUCUAGAGUAGAAAGUAAAUUCCAUCUAUCACAUCUUAUAGAACAAAAACGUAAAUUUUCGUGUGUAAGUAGCCAGUAACUUGAUUGGCCAAGACAAGUAGGUGCUUACAACCAUGAAAUUAGAAUGCGUAACAAUAAGAUUAAUUUCCUCGCAAACGAAGUAAAAAGUAGAAUAUCUGUAACUAUCCCCGAAUGGAUAAUACCCAUCACCUAAAAUUAUAUUUUCUUGAUAUAUAAUCUACUACUCCACCCACUAUAAAACAUAUCAAAUUUAAAGUGGUUGCGCCAGAGAUUGCUCGCAAUUCAAAAUUUCUAUUAAUAUCUUUAUAUUACUGGUAUCUAACGCAUAACCUUCCAAAAGCGCAUAAGGUACAUAGAGACUUAACACUUUUGUUCUACGACUUUUGUCUAAACAUAAUAAAUACAAAUAUUUCCCUUUUUUUGUUUUAAUGUCGUUUCUAUAAACGUUAACUCUAUGUUCGAUUCCGUUACAUUACUGUACUGUCUCGUGUUUCUUAGCUAUUACAUAGAGUUAGGAUGUGUAGAAUCGCAAAGUAGAUAUUAUUUUUUUUGUAUGGAAAAAAAACUACGAAUCACAAAAAGUUUUAGAAUAAAAGUUGCUUGUUUUGAUUGUACCCAAGUAGUCUUUAGGAGGUUUUGCGUUUGAUACCAGUAACCAUGUAUAAUAUUAAUAAAUAAAGCCUGUAAUUAGCAGCAUUCAUGCCAGUGCCAUUAUAUGUUUACCUACAGAAUGUUUUUUUAAUCAAAAGUUUAUUGCGAACGUUAUGUCAGCGUAUUGCGUGGGAAAUCUGUUACUCUAUAUUCCCAACAUUGGGACGUUUUGUAAGCAUUAAAGGUUGAUUAGUAAAAUAGCUCACUCAGUGCUAAAGAAAUGUACAAAAUGUGUAUGUUCAUUUAUGUUGGAGAAAUGUUCUGAAUUUCUAGUAUGAUGAUAUGUAAUUAAAUUUAUUGGACAAGGGACUACAGGUCCAUACAUUUUUUGUGCCUAGUUUUUAUUUCAUAUGAUGCAGUUGGUCAUUAAAGCCCACGUACAUAGUACCUAGUUCCAAUAAUUAUUGGCAGUGAGAUAAAUGAAAUAGAUACAGCAUCUCCAGAUCCUACUGAGUAUUUUUGGCUGUAAGCUAUUAACAGAUUAUAGGUUGUGGUAGUGAGUAGGUAGUUUUGUUUAAAAUAAAGGCCAUUUCAGUAUCAUUUGCUGUUUGCUUUAUGAGUGGCAAUAUUAUGUUCUUUGCUGUAAUACCUCAGUAUGGAAUUGUAUUUAAUUUUGUUAAUGACUAAUUUUAUAUUAAUGUAUUUUACAUGGUUACAAAUAAAAUUAUAUAUUUUGUAUAAA